GUAUUACCGAGGGGCUGUGGGUGCCCUGGUGGUGUUUGACAUCACCAAGCACCAGACCUACGACGUGGUGGAUCGCUGGCUGAAGGAGCUGUAUGACCAUGCUGAGGCCAGCAUCAUUGUCAUGCUGGUGGGCAACAAGACUGACCUGGCCCAGGCUCGGGAGGUGCCCAUGGAGGAGGCCAAAAUGUUUGCAGAGAACAAAGGGUUGCUGUUUGUUGAGACCUCAGCACUGGAUUCCACCAAUGUUGAACAGGCAUUUGAGACCAUCCUGAAGG